UGCCGCUUCGCGAAGCACAGCUAUUGUGGUUUUUUAAGUGUGGGAAGACUUACGUUGUUGCCGUUGAUGACGUCAUACGCAGCGUCCCUCUGUACACUCAAAAGUUGUUAUUUGGACAUGGAUAUUAACUCAAUAAAAUGUACGGUGACAUGGUGCCAAAGACGAUUGCUGGAAAGAUCUUUGGCUCCAUCUGCUCUCUGAGCGGUGUGCUGGUAAUUGCUUUGCCCGUCCCCGUUAUCGUCUCCAACUUCAGCCGCAUCUACCACCAGAACCAGAGAGCAGACAAACGCCGUGCUCAGAAGAAAGCCAGACUAGCCAGGAUAAGAAUAUCCAAGUCCGGCAGCGCCAACGCCUUCAUGCAGAGCAAACGCAACGGAAUGCUCAACGAGCUGCUGGAGCUGACGGAUAAAGACCAGGAUGAGCAAAAAAAGCCCACCUCUGUGAUUGAGAUCCAACACCACCACCUACUGCACUGUCUGGAGUCAACCACAGCUCACGAGUUUGUGGAUGAGCAGAUGUACGAGCUGAACUGUUUAGAAACAGCCUUACAAACAUACACAUCACACAGCCCCUCUAUAUCUAGCCACGACAGCUCUGAAGGGACCUGCUGUGGCCGCAGAGUAAAGAGAAACUCUCCUCUGCCUAACGCCAGCCUGCCCUCCACCCACCCAACACACCAGAGCCCCCUGCAGGAACUCAGUGCCCUGCACAUACAGUGUGGAGACCCACCGUCACACAUCCCCAGUCGUUCGAACCUCAACCUGAAAACUGAUAACAUCAGCAGGAUCAACUGCAAAGGCGGCGGCAGGAUCACCACUGCAAUAAUCAGCCUCCCGACACCCCCAGCUUUGACCCCUGAUGGUGACGGCCUCCACGGGCCCCCGCAGAGGAGGCCGCCUCCACCCCCAGCUCUCCCUUCAGCACCCAGCAUCCAAACCACAACAAGCUCUGCUGGUGUUAACAUCGUCAAAGUGUCUGCUCUGUGACUUCCUGUGUGCCACAUGUAACUCAACUCAGCAGGAGGAGCGGAGAGAGGGAGAAGAAGAAGAAAAGGAAAAAGAGGUCGCACUACCUUUAUGGCAGCACCCUGUCCCGUCUCGCAGGGUCGACAGGAGGAGGGACGAUCCCUUGAGGAGUCACCAGGAGGUGUUUUGAGAAGAUGGAAGAUGUGGAGACUUUGCAGGGGUAGAGGACUGUAGAUAUGAGAACCAGGAAUCACACACUCGUCAUGUUGUGUUUGCACUGUAGAUACAAACAGAAAUGUUGCAUCUAAUAGUUCCUAACAGCAGUAAAGAUGUUUUACAGCCAGCACUGCAGAAGAGAUUGAAAGACAAUGUGCUAUUAGUCCACACAGCACAAAUCCAUUUAAAGCGAACUCACAGUGAAAUAGUAGAAAGGAUAUUUUGUCGACUUGAAAUGUGUUUGAAGUAAGAUGAGCAAAGUGUUGGCUGUUUUUACUUGAAUUUGUUUGGUCUUGUUUGUGUUACGUGUUGUUUGUCUGAAGUAUUUUGAUGAAGUUUAAAAAAAUAUGAUACAGUUUUCUUUACAGCAUCAUUUGAUCUGUCAGGGCACCUGAUGCUGCAAAUGUCAGAACUUGAUGUUUGGAACUUUAGUGUUCAAUUUUAUGAUUUUUUGUUGUGAUGCUGUAUUUGUCCAUCAUGUCAAAGACUCAAACAAACUGUGCAUUUUAGUUGCUUCAUUUUUAAAAUUCUGAUAAGACAUCCACCUGACACUCUAUCACAACAUUAUCUGUUUUCAUACUGAUGUGAGACAAGGCAGUGAUGUGUCAAAGCUGACUUCAAGCACUUUGUUCCUGCUGAAGAUCCAAAUUUCAAAACGCCUAACAAAGUUACUCUUUUCUAAAAUACGCUCAGUGACAGCCGCAACCACCUGAGUGAUGUAGUUUAUAGAAAAUGUGACGCAGACAGGAGCAAAUAGUGCAGUUGUUUGGGACUAUUUUGCGCUGCGGAUGGACAAACUUUUAGAAAGUGCAGUAGAUGGCAGCAUCAGGCUAAUUCACGCUCAGAGCACUUUUGUAGCUCUUUGAAAUAUUUUUUAAAGGAGAUCUGUACGAGGAGAAUAAGAACGAUAAUUUAUUUAUUUUCAUUGGAUUUGUUGAAAAAUUAAGAACACUAUAAAAUAUUUUUGCUACAUAUUACUAACAUACAUUGUUUUAAUCAUAUCAGAUCCUGUUUCUAUAAAUGUGUUUUAUAGAAACAGUCUGUGAACUUCAAACAUCAAAUGUAGCCUCCACUCACUGAGUGUUGUAGGCUGAGAUGGAAAUUAACAGAGAAAUACUCAUGUGCACAUUCAUUAGGCGUUAUGUCACCAUUGUCUUAAGGGUAAGAUAUGCAAGAACAAAAUGGUUUUCAGUGAAACAUAAAGUGGGAUUGUUCUCCCGUACUAUAUUCCACAUCAAUAAACAACUUUUAAACAACAGGAGGGAGUGAUGUUGUCCUGAAUAUUAGGCUGUGAUUUCAUGAUAUAUAAGAUCAGAUGGGCUGAUAUUCAGAAUAACAGCAUGACCUUGAGUGUGAUAUUACCUUUAUUACACACUUCUACAAGAAGCAUACAGUAUUAGAAUGUAUUCAUCAUCAUCAGAUACGUUUUUUACUUAAUCAUUCAUUUGGUUUCAUUAACACAACUAGUUCCAAAAUGUACAGCUGCUUUGUAUUAUUUGCAUUUGUCUGUAUGUCUUCAUGCAUCAUGCAUUAGUUGCUUUUGGUGACCUGUGUGAUUCAUAAGAUACAGGUUUUUUCAAUCUGGACAAAGAGUGUUGCUGUAGAUGGUGAGGUGAGGUGAUGCACAUAAUUACAAGUCCCAGUGAUAUUAAACUCUAUAUCAGCACUCAUGGAAAGUCGCUUGUCCAAUCAGAUUAUUGGGUCAGAUCUAAUUAUUAUAUAAUUAGACUGGUAUUACGCAGUAGGCAGAGAUGCUGUAUUGAAUAUCAGCACUGCUGACAUUCAGUCACAGGCAUGAGGCCAAAAACAAUCAGUGCUGAUAUUCAGUAUAACAUCACAUCCUAGAGUAUUACACAUGAGCUAUAAAAGCAGAAUUUAAUAGAAAAAUGAAAGAGAACAAUUGAUGAUUAUCUUUUGUUAAUUUGUUUCAUUAUUCAUUUGGCUUACUCUGUUUACUAGUUCCAAAUCUUGACUGGGACUUUGCUGUUCGAUCAUUUCCUGAUUUUUCUUGAUACUUUGUGUGUGCAUCAGCCAUUUAGUCUAUAUCGAACAGACAUAACUUUGCCACUGCCUAUCGUGAGAUAUGAAGCCAAAAGACCGUCUCCCUGGGUGCUGCCAAGGCAUGCAUAGGAGUGACCCGGCUGUAGGACUGACGGCACACUCUCACUGCUAACCAAAACCUGCAUUAAACUUACUGAUAAAACAUUGAAGAUCACUCAAGUCAGUACAAUCCAAAGCAGAACAGAUUAAUGUCUUGGUUUGAAGCAGACACUCAUGGUAUUAGAAAGUUCAUGACUCUUGUGUUAUUUUUUUAUGUUUUCUCUCAUCAUUCCUCCUCUACUCUGCUAAUCCAGAAGAUCGCCGCAGGAAACUCUGCAUUUGUCAACAGAGCUGCCAUGAUGUUAUAUCCCUUAAUUUUGAAAUAAAAUAAGUAAUUCAAACUAAAAUUCUCUGAAAAAAUUAACACUUGGACUUAAAUCAGCAUAAUAAUAACUAACCAUAAUGACAGAAACCACUUUAAAGAAAAAUAAGUUUGAGGUGUAUUUAAGUUUUUAUAGUUUGUCCCAUAUUCCAUCUGUUGACAUAGGGAGUGGAGUUUAUGACCUAUACAGCAGCCAGUCAGCAGGGGGAGCUCUGAAUCUUUUGGCUUCAGUCAGUGACUGGCGUCAAUUUUAGUAUAUGGUCUUUUAAACUAACACAAUAAAGCAGACCAUCUACUAUGGAUCAUGAAAGUUAAAAAGGUUUGUUGAAAUGUCAAUUAACCAUAUUCAAAACAACAAGGUGAUGAUGUACACAGUUCAAAGCCCUAUUGCUGUUGUACUGUAUAUUAGCACUCAUGGGAUACCUUUUGUCCAAUCAGAUCACUGGGUUUGAACUAUCUGUGGUACAAUGGGCAACUCAGUCAUGAAAUUCUCCACUGAAUCAAGUCAAAGAUGGUCACCAUAUGGCAGCAAAGAGAUAUCAGAUGAAUGGAUAUAAACGACUGUUCUUUAAGCCUUGCUCCUGCAGUACUGUCACUGAUGUACCUGCCUGCUGCACAUUGUUGCUCAUUUGAAGGUGGUGUUUUGGAUCGUGUGUGAUUACUUGCCCAGUGAGUAAUUGUUUAUCUGUAAGAAAUGGUGUGUUUAUUUGUCUUUUGGUUUGUUGGUUUCCCUGAAGUGGACCCUAGUUUGACAUUUGGUGUUUUAUCGAUCAUGAGGUACAAAGUGAUUUUUUUUUUUUUUUUUUUUUUUUUGCUGUAUUGGUAAACUUUAGCAUUUCUGUAUUUUUCCAUGUUCUUUAUGCUGCUAUAUAAAAAACUAUGAGCCCUUUAGAUAACUUUACUUUCCACUGUUAGCAUUGAAAAUAAUGAAUGUCCUCUUGAUUGUGCUGUUCAUGUUUUGGAUAUUGGUUACCACUAAUGCAGUAUCUACAUAUUAGGGCUUUUUGCAGUAUCAUAGACCACCUUCAUGCAUUUAAAACACAAAGCACUCCCCUCACACCAGUGUGAAUACUACACAAUGAUCACUUGCUGUUAUUACAUGAUGGACUUGACCUAAAAGGCAUUGUGGGGGUCACUUUUUUAAAAGUCUUGGCAUUGCUGUUUGUGUUGUUUCUUAUCUUUUGAUCCUUUUGAACGGAGCUUUUCUGUCUGUUUGCUGUGUUUAUUCUGUCAGUUUGUUUGUUAUGACAAGUGUCAGAAAAUUAAAUUCUGCCACAACAAUCAA